UCCUUUUAUGGAACAUCAUGUACAGUGAGAAUAUUUUAUUUGUCAGGGAAGUGGUAAAAAAGAGAAAUAAUCGGAUUGUCAUGUCUAGGAUAGAAAUAUGAAUACCAGAAGACAAGAAAUGACUGAAAGGGGUGCAAUGUUAGCUAACUUUGCAGAAAUGGAACAAAACGUUAAAAUAUUGUUGGAAUACGGAAGAUGGGGAUCGUUUUCCAACGCCUGGUGUCAUUGCAUGUUUUUACGAGAAGUUACGAUCAUUUUAUUUUCGUUUUCGAUUUUAGGUGGGAUUAUAACUCCCGUCCAAUUUUCCGCUUCCCGCCCCCACCCCGGAAAAGUGUUCAGGUAUUAUACCUUAUGUCAGUUCCUGCGCUCUCCCACCGCGUGCAGUCAGAGAAUUGGCGAAGGUGAAGCCCCAUUAAACUUGUACAGUAAUUCCAGUGGGCAUAGGAGACCUCUGAUACCACGGACUUAUCUCCCAGUGAAGCCUUAUAAAAUAUGGAUUGUUUAUAAUACUAUUUUUUCUACUACAAACUCGAGAGCACUUUUCGUACAAAACCCCACACUCUCUCCACCCUUCUUGGUCCUCUUAUAAAGGCCAGGUUACCUUUGCAAGAAAAAAAAAACAUGGCGGAAAAAAUGAAGAGAUAUGGACUUCACCAUGUCAAGUUAUGCAAAUAUUGUUCAUCCGUGGCUGAUGUUAUAAAUAAUGCAUUACAACGUGUUAUCGCCUGGCGAAAAAGCAUACUGAUUGGCGUACUGAUCUCGCCGUUUGUUCGCGUGCGACCACCAUCUUCCCUAAACCCAUUAAGCACAGAGCUAGACCGGGCAUCGAGCAGCAAAUUUUCAUGGAUUUGAAACGCCGUUGUGGCCGUUGACAUCAGUGAGUAAAGACAAAGGAAAUAUCGCUGCAGCAGCUGAAGCUGUAAUCAGCAUAUGCCUUGAUGACAUCAUUGCCAGGCCGUUUGGGUUGGCCAGUCACUGGUGACAAGACAUUAGAGUUUGCAAGAAAUCCAAUUGAAUUUUUACAAAAGAACAUCAACACAUUGAACUCAAGGAUUUUUCUAGUGCGUACACUCAACAAGCCUCAUGUGUUUGUGGCUUCAAACCAAGGGGUCAAGGAGGUGUUAGAAGACACGGAAGGCAAGCUAGACAUGAGUUACAAAGACUUUGGAUACAUGUACAGUUUGUAUGGUGACUUAGUGAUUUUUAACAGUGACGAUGAAGCUAUAAGGUUGCGAAAUGUUCUUCAUGAUGUCUUCAGACCUGAAGAGGUGACUCGUUACAUAGGAGAAGUGGAGAUUGUUUCAUCUAGGUUGUUGAACAGCAUUGAAGAUGGUGACAUUGUUAUUCCUUAUAAACUGUUCAAGCAGCUGACAACUGAGAUGUGUUUACGAUUAUUUUUGGGUGUGGAGAUGGAAACUGCAACAAGAGAAGCUGCAUCUAUCAUUGAACUUACAAUAACUCACUGGCAUGGGCUUAUAUCUGUUCCAGUGAAUUUUAAUGUUUAUGGUUAUAAGUCUGGAUAUACCAAGGCAAUGGCAGCAAAGAAUCGUCUCCUGACCAUUGUCAAUAAGCGUCUUUCAGAGGAGAAAAAUGGGUUCCUAAAUGUUAUGAGAGAAUCAGAAUUUAAGUCCAAGUCUGAAAUGGCAAAUCACAUUUUGUUAUUUGUGUCUGCUCUGGUUCCAAAGGCUUUGUCUUCCUUGAUGACAUCUUUCUGCAUUGAACUUGCUAAACCCCAGAAUCUUGAAAAGCGGCUCAAAGCAGCCCAAGAUGAUAGAUAUUUGGAAAAUGUUCUUUUAGAGGUAAAACGACUUUGGCCACCGUUUUUAGGAGGACGAAGAUUGGCCAAAGAGGAUGUAGAAAUAGACGGCUACAAAGUCCCCGGCGGUUACUAUGUAGGAUUUCUCACAAGAGCUGCCAACUGCGACCCCAAAAUAUUCCCCGAAGCUGAAACGUUUUUACCCGAACGAUGGGACACUUGGUGAGGAUUGCUACAGAGUUGGUUAGGAAGUCAAUUUCAGCUCCCUCACAUAGCACUUUCCUAGCAUAAAAAUCACUGUGUUUAGUGCAAGUUGUGAUUUUUGUUUGCCGAUUAUCUAUCAUUUUCUACCCCUUUCAUUCCAGAACAUAAAUGUCUUUUGAAAGCGUUCUCUGUUAAUAAAUUCCCUAUGAUAUAACUAAGGGCAAAAUUACAUA